CAUGGCGGCGGCGGCGACAAGCCAGCGGCCUGAAGCAGCGGUGGCGGGUGAGGCCGCGACUCCGCAGUGGGCGCCACCUACGCACGGCCUAGCCAGGGCAGCGGCCGGGAUGGGCGACAGCGAGGACGUACCGGUGCGGCCGUUGUGCAAGCCCCGCGGCAUCUGCUCUCGCGCCUACUUCCUGGUGCUGAUGGUGUUUGUGCACCUGUACCUGGGCAACGUGCUGGCGCUGCUGCUCUUCGUGCACUACAGCAAUGGCGACGAGAACACCGACCCGGGGCCCCAGCGCAGCGCCCAGAGUCCCGGGCCCGCGCCAACCUUGGGCCCCCUAACCCGGCUUGAGGGCAUCAAGGUGGGGCACGAGCGUAAGGUCCAGCUGGUCACCGACAGGAAACACUUCAUCCGAACCCUCAGCCUCAAGCCGCUGCUCUUCGAAAUCCCUGGCUUCCUGAGUGAUGAGGAGUGUCGGCUCAUCAUCUACCUGGCACAGAUGAAGGGGUUACAGCGCAGCCAGAUCCUGCCCACUGAAGAGUAUGAGGAAGCAAUGAGCACCCUACAGGUCAGCCAGUUGGACCUCUUCCGGCUGCUGGACCAGAACCACGAUGGUCACCUGCAGCUCCAUGAGGUCUUAGCCCAGACUCGGCUGGGAAAUGGACGGUGGAUGACUCCAGAGAACAUUCAGGAAAUGUACUCUGCGAUCAAGGCUGACCCCGAUGGUGACGGAGUGCUGAGUCUACAGGAGUUCUCCAACAUGGAUCUUCGGGACUUCCACAAAUACAUGAGAAGCCACAAGGCAGAGUCCAGUGAGCUGGUGCGGAACAGCCACCACACAUGGCUCUACCAGGGUGAGGGUGCCCACCACGUCAUGCGUGCCAUCCGCCAGAGGGUGCUGCACCUCACUCGCCUGUCACCUGAGAUUGUGGAGUUCAGCGAGCCACUGCAGGUUGUGCGAUAUGGUGAGGGAGGCCACUACCAUGCCCAUGUGGACAGCGGGCCUGUGUACCCAGAGACCAUCUGCUCCCAUACCAAGCUGAUAGCCAACGAAUCGGUACCCUUCGAGACUUCCUGCCGCUACAUGACAGUGCUGUUUUAUUUGAACAACGUCACCGGUGGGGGCGAGACUGUCUUCCCUGUAGCAGACAACAGAACCUACGAUGAAAUGAGUCUGAUUCAGGAUGACGUUGAUCUCCGCGACACUCGAAGACACUGUGACAAGGGAAACCUGCGUAUCAAGCCCCGGCAGGGCACAGCUGUCUUCUGGUACAACUACCUGCCUGAUGGGCAAGGUUGGGUGGGCGAAGUGGACGACUACUCGCUGCACGGGGGCUGCCUGGUCACGCGCGGUACCAAGUGGAUCGCCAACAACUGGAUCAACGUGGAUCCCAGCCGAGCGCGGCAAGCGCUGUUCCAGCAGGAGAUGGCGCGCCUGGCCCGCGAAGGUGGCGCCGACUCGCAGCCCGAGUGGGCCCUGGACCGGGCCUACCGCGAUACACACGUGGAGCUCUGAGAGGGUCAGCCCCGGCCCCCAGCCGCGAGUCUCCCGCCGCCCAAGUUUGGGGCCCGGCUGUCCCCCCAUCCUACAGCGGACUAAAGCCCCAUCCCCGCCUCCAGUCGCGAUUACGACGCAUUUCCUAUAUUCAUUAUUUAUUGUGUACAGGCCCCGU